AGCCACGUGGGUGGAGCUGGAGCGCAGUUCGCAUGGGGGAGUCUAUCCCGCUGGCCGCCCCGGUCCCGGUGGAACAGGCGGUGCUGGAGACGUUCUUCUCUCACCUGGGUAUCUUCUCUUACGACAAGGCCAAGGACAAUGUGGAGAAGGAACGGGAGGCCAACAAGAGCGCGGGGGGCAGCUGGCUGUCGCUGCUGGCGGCCUUGGCCCACCUGGCUGCGGCCGAGAAGGUCUAUCACAGCCUCACCUACCUGGGGCAGAAACUAGGGGGCCAGUCUUUCUUCAGCAGGAAGGAUUCCAUCCGCACCAUCUACACUUCCCUGCAUAAUGAGCUGAAGAAGGUGGUGACUGGCCGAGGUGCCCUUGGUGGGACUGCUCCUCACGUGGAAGAACUCCUUUCCCACCUAUCAGAGCAGCUCUGCUUCUUCGUUCAGGCGCGGAUGGAGAUCGCAGACUUCUAUGAGAAGAUGUACACCCUCAGCACGCAGAAGUUCAUCAAUGCUGAAGAGCUCGUUGGCCUUUUGGACACCAUCCUCAAGAAAUACAGCUCCAGAUUUCACCACCCUAUCCUCAGUCCCCUGGAAAGCAGUUUCCAGCUGGAGGUCGAUGUCCUGAGUCACCUCCUGAAGGCCCAGGCUCAGGUCUCUGAGUGGAAGUUCCUGCCGUCUCUGGUUAACUUACACAGCGCUCACACCAAGCUGCAGACCUGGGGCCAGAUCUUUGAAAAGCAGAGGGAGACCAAGAAACAUCUGUUUGGAGGGCAGUCUCAGAAGGCCGUUCAGCCUCCACACCUUUUCCUUUGGCUGAUGAAACUGAAAAACAUGCUUCUUGCCAAAUUUAGCUUUUACUUUCACGAGGCACUGAGCCGACAAACGACUGCCUCAGAAAUGAAAACGCUGACUGCGAAAGCCAAUCCAGAUCUCUUUGGCAAGAUUUCCAGUUUCAUCCGGAAAUACGAUGCUGCCAACGUGUCCUUAAUCUUUGACAACCGAGGUUCGGAGAGCUUCCAGGGUCACGGCUACCACCACCCCCAUUCCUACAGAGAGGCUCCGAAGGGCGUGGAUCAGUAUCCGGCCGUGGUGUCUCUGCCCAGCGACCGGCCUGUCAUGCACUGGCCCAAUGUCAUCAUGAUCAUGACAGACCGCACAUCCGACCUAAACAGCUUGGAGAAAGUGGUCCACUUCUACGAUGACAAAGUCCAGAGCACCUACUUCCUCACCCGUCCAGAACCUCACUUCACCAUCGUUGUCAUUUUCGAGUCAAAGAAAUCCGAAAGAGAUUCCCACUUCAUUUCCUUCCUGAGCGAGAUCUCCCUUGCCCUUAAGAACCCCAAGGUUUUUGCAGGUCUCAAACCGGGAUCCAAAGGUUAGCAGGUGCUUUGUGUGAAGGGUUUUAGCACUGGAAAUUGCGUUCUUAAUUGCUCUCACCAGCUGCAGGGGUCCGUGGUUUGAGUUGCCAUCCAUUCCUGCUUCUUUCAGAGCUAAAUUAGAGACAGAGCCUCCCUAAUUGUGUUGCGCACGCUAUAAGCAAUUAAGGCCAACUGCGUUAUGUAUCCAAAGAGUAACCUAGGAAGUGAACGUGGCUGCUGAGUCUCCGUGGUACAGCAAGGUACUCUCGGCGUUUUCUCCCGUUUUCUUGUAUUUCAUGUAGACUGAAUAUUUAUUGGCCCUUGAUUUUUCUCUCCAGAUGUUUUAUAUUGUUUUAAACAUUGCGUUCCAAUGCAAUUCCAAAUGCCCUCUCCUCCCCCUCCCUUGAUGAGUAAUCAGGAUAUGAUAUAAAAUAGCUUUUUU